AUGAAUUCCUCACGAUAUCCUUUAGGGAGACUACUGCCGUUGAAGGUGUCGUGCAUGUUGUGCUUGACCAUGUGCCUGUUCAGCGGGCCUCUCUGCUCAGAGGCAGCCAAGCGUCGCUGCGGCUCGGAACUCCUCAGUGACCUCUUGUUUGUGUGCGGUGACCGUGGCCUCUACUUAGGUAAAGGUACAUGGUCUGGAUAUGGUUCUCGGCCCAGGGGGAAGGGGAUCGUGGACAAAUGCUGCCGGUCAAAUGGCUGUGAACUGCAUCAUCUGGAGAUGUACUGCGCUAAGGCGCAGAAGCAACAGCAGACUACGCCGUGGCCAAGCACAAGCACAAGCAUGGACACCCUCAGCACAAAAGCAACAGACGUGGCUUAUCAGUUCCAAGCGGUAUUUCAGAAAAGACUUUUGCAGCACCUGGGGUCCCCCGACAGUCCAAAGAGAGAGACUUAUAGUAGCAAAAGAAAGCCGUCGUCACGCAGGAAGAUAAACCCACAGCACACGACAAGGGAGGCCCCCACUCCAAGGACAUCAUCUUAA